GAUUUGUCUUUCUCUUUAGCUGUCUCAAUUUCUGUAUGCCACUAUCACUAUCACGGCGUCAGGUUGUUUCAUUAACUUUUUCUUUCUUCAUCCUUUCCUUGAAUGUCAUUGGUUUCUUUGAUUCUUCAACAGGAGUCUAGCGUUCUUCAUUCGAGAUUUUACAUUUGAGAUUUUGAUUCAAGGAUUACCUAGUGUUUUAUUUCAUUAUGAGGUCCACUGUUUCCCUUACUUUUGUUCUCCUCUCUUUCUUUCCUGAUGUAAUUUUUGCACAAAAUUCCUUCCUAACAUCUACUUCUACCUCGACACUCACCACAUCUACCCCAAUAUCAAGUACCGCUAUAAGUUCCUCUCAGUCUCAAUUACCAGCCGAAACGCCGUCCCUAUCACUUACGACCACCAUAUCCCUUACUCCAGCCAUGUCCUCCAGCUCCGUUGCAUCGUUUUUUUCCGCACUUGCAACAUCUGAGCCCUCAGCACCCAACGAUCCACCAGCCGGGGAUGCCGCGAGUUCGGGCGGAAGUGCCGGAGCCGAUAGCGAUGCAGGUGCGUCUGGGACUUCGAGUGGUGGUGUUCAGUUGUCGAAUGGAGCUAUGAUUGCGAUUAUUAUUGCUGUGAUUGGCGUGUGUCUUUUUGGAAUAAUCUCGGCAAUACUCUUUUACCUUGCCAAGAAACGUUCCUGGGAGGUUCGCAAGAAGCUACGGGCUUCAGCACGCAAAGUAGCCGUUGCAUUAACACCCAGAAGAGCUACAUUCGGCAAAGAUGUGCAUAAAAGACCCAGUGGUCGUGGAUUGGAGAGAAUAGACGAAGUACCGCCCACGCCCAAGAUAUCGAAGACAUUUGUGAGUGUGAACGAUGUGGAGAAAGGAGAAGGGAAGAUGAUGGAAUUCGAAUUGUCGGAUGCGCCGAAGUCGAAAUGGGCGAGGAAGAUGGGAAAUGAAAGAUAGAAGGUGAUGAUGGCUGCUGGGUCGGCUUUUGUUUUGUGUUUUGAUGUACGAAUGUUUGAUACCCAUGGAAUGAAUGAUAUGAAUUGGAUGAAAUUUGUGGAUAAUCCCUCCGUUCUGCGAAUAAUGGCAUUUGUUUUUCUGGGAAGCAUAGUUUGCA